UCUGGAGGUAAUCGGGUGCGUGGCCGGGGGUGGUGAGUGAGAGCCUAUACCUCUCCAUUUCUCCUUUCAUUUGUUCCCCUUCUACACCUGCGCGGUGUUCCAUCCCAACCCCUCUUUUCCGGGAGCCAUGGCCAGUUUGAAACAGCGCUUUCAAAGUUUUCUGGAGGAGAAAAAUGUUAUCACUCAUUUCUUGGCAAAGCUGGAGAAGAAGACGGGGGUCCCGAAGUAUUACUUGGCUACAGGUUCCAUCGCCUUUGUAGGUCUGUAUCUCAUGUUCGGCUAUGGUGCCUCUCUCCUCUGCAACCUCAUCGGCUUUGUAUACCCUGCCUAUGCAUCCAUCAAAGCCAUCGAGAGCUCCAACAAGGAAGAUGAUACCACGUGGCUGACUUACUGGGUGGUGUAUGGGGUGUUCAGCGUGGCCGAGUUCUUCUCCGACCUCUUUCUCUUCUGGUUUCCCUUCUACUACGUGGGGAAGUGCGCCUUCCUGAUCUGGUGUAUGGCUCCCGUGGCAUGGAAUGGCUCCCAGAUUCUCUACCAUCGGGUUAUUCGCCCUCUCUUCCUCAAGCACCAUGUGGCCGUGGACAGACUAGCCAGUGACUUGAGCAGCCGGGCCAUUGAUGCUGCAUCCACAGUUACCCGGGAAGCCUCCACGUUGAGCCACCGGCUACAGAAGAUCAAAUGAGCCUUGUCCCUGCGAUCCUCGACUUGUGGACCUCGACCCGAGCCUGGAGGCUUAAACCAAUCUCGUCGCUGCCGCUGCAUGUCACCUCCUUUCCCCUCUUUUGUCCUCUCCAUCAUGGCACUCCUUUUCACCCAUCCCAUCCAUGUUCUUAAAGAAAAGUCCCCUGAGCAACCCAGAGCCCAGCCCUCCUGGGAUUAGAGGGGGAGAGUAGAAGAAAAUGAGGGUCUUCCCUCUCUCUAGUCACUGUUGAGGAGACUAGAUUCCUUGGUGAGGGGCGAGAGAGAGGCUGCUACUGCUGCUCUGA